AUGUACAUCAGAAGUAACACACUGCGAUCUGGCCUACGAGCCACGCGCCCAAGUGCAAUCGCACUCCACCCUGUUCGCCUUGGAGGCGUCCGCGGCAUCAGGACGGAACAAGCACACGACUCUGGCGAGGGAAGAGGAGCUUCAACUUUUCCAAAGAACCUACCCGGCUUCGUCGCUGGCGCACUUGCAAUCGCUGCCGGAUUCUACCUUGUCUACGAAACCCCAGAAAAGGCAAACAAGCUUCCGCACACGGAAAAUUCGACCCUGGAACAAAUCAAGCGUAAGUAG